AUGGGAGAUAUAUCAGAUUCUUCUAAUUCUCGGCCUCUUGUAUCUCUUCCAGCCAAUUCCAAUCAUCAUCAUGAUUUGAUGAAUGUCCAGUUGUUGCCAACUAAGCUUGAUGGCACCAAUUAUCUGGCUUGGUCUCAUUUUGUGAGAUUAUAUAUUACCGGUAAAGGUCGGAUUGGAUAUUUGACUGGAGAGAAGAAGCAACCAGAUAAUACUGACCCAAAGUUCAUAACAUGGGUUGAAGAAGAUGCUAUGCUUAGAUCAUGGCUUCUCCAGGCUAUGACCCCGGAUAUUAGUCUUGGCUACAUGCAUCUCGACUCCGCUCAUGCCAUAUGGGAUGCGGUUUCUCAAACCUAUUCUGAGGGAGGUUGUGAUGCACAGAUUUAUGAAUUGAAACGUCGGAUCCAAGCCACUACUCAGCAAGGUAAGAUGUUGGAGACAUAUUUUAAUUCACUCCAAGCUUUAUGGCAAGAACUUGAUUAUUAUCAGCCGUGCGACAUGAAGUGUUCUAACGAUACUGUUGCGUUGAAAAAACGGAUCGAGAAGGAACGUACUUUUGAGUUCUUGGCUGGUCUUAAUCAGGAUUUGGAUCAAGUGAGAACACAGGUGCUUGGAAAGGAUCCUUUUCCCUCUUUGUGUAAAGCCUAUGCAUAUGUGCGUGCCCAAGCUCUCCGCCGAUCUGCUAUGGUUAUGCCACCCUCUUUAGAAAGGUCUACCUUGAUUUCUACAGCAAACCAUUCGGCUUGGGCACCACUAGCACAUCAAUCUAGUUCUUCAGCUGCUGUCUCAUCUAGUAAUGUUGCUAAGAGUUCGAAAUCUGAUGAUAAGGAUGCUUUGAAAUGUGAUUAUUAUCAUCAGACUAAGCAUGUGAGAGAGCAAUGUUUCAAGCUCAAUGGUUAUCCACCUUGGUGGCCUGGCAAGAAGUGUGAAAAAGCUAAGGCAGCAAGGAAGGAGGUGGAAAACGGGGCUGUUCCAGCUCCAGAGCCUAUCACACAUCUUCUAUGUGCUCGCUUGCUCUCUGAUAAAGGAUCUAAAGGGGCUUCCGGUUCCUUAGCCACCUCCUCAGGUAACUUUGGUUGUUGUCUUAGUGCAUAUGGUAAGUCUUUCUCAGACUCUUGGAUUAUAGAUACAGGGGCAACUUAUCACAUGACUUCUAAACUUGAUUUCUUCUCUCGUUAUUCAUCUCCUAGUAAGACUUGUGUUACCACUGCCAAUGGUUCACCCACUCCUGUGGAUCAACGGACCAGGGCAACGAUUGGUCGUGGUAGUGAGAAAGGGGGCCUCUAUCUCUUGGAUGACCUAGGUGGCUAUACUAGUUCUCCCACAGUUCAUGCGCUUCAAUCCGCUACUGACUCAUCCAGGGACAUUUGGUUAUGGCACAAACGAUUAGGACACCCAUCAUUUAUCUAUUUACAAAAAUUGUUUCAUUCUUUAUUGUCUUCGGUUGAUCUUCCUCAAUUUAAGUGUGAAAUAUGCAAACUUGCUAAGCACCACCGUGUUUCUUACCCAUUAAAUAAUGGGGGUGAGUACAUCAAUUCUGGUCUCAAAACCUAUUUUUCGGAUCAUGGCAUUAUUCAUCAAAGAUCUUGUAGCUAUACCCCUCAGCAGAAUGGAGUAGCUGAACGGAAAAAUCACCAUCUUCUAGAAGUUGCUUGUUCCCUGCUUCUUUCCAUGUCUGUACCAAAGUCUUAUUGGGGGGAGGCUGUCCUUACCGCUGCUUAUUUGAUCAAUAGGAUGCCUUCGCAAGUUCUCAAAUUUCAAACUCCCCUUCAAGUGGUCACUGCUGCAUGUUCUCAUUCUACUGUUAAUCAUCUUCCUCCUCGAGUGUUUGGUUGCAUUAGUUUUGUGCAUCUUCAUCAUAGUGGUAAGCUUGACCCUCAUUCCCUCAAAUGUAUUUUUCUUGGCUACUCUGCCACUCAAAAGGGGGAUGUUACUUUUCAUGAGGAACAUGCUUCUUUCUCUCAUCUUAGUUCUGAGACUUCUCUUCAGGGGGAGAAUAUAAGUAGUGAAGAUAAGUCUUAUGGUGUGCCAAUGUUUGAGUUGGAAAACAUUGAAAAAAAUGAAAGUGAAAAAAAUGGUAAUGGAAGAGAAGGCAAUUCCUUGACUCUCCCACCUAUUGGUCAUCGUAUGUCACCAUAUGAUUUGGUGUAUACAAAAAGAGAUAAGGUGCCCUUUCAGAGUAAUGAUCAAUCUGCUGCCCCGAUGACAGGAUGCACUGGACAUCUAAGGUGGAAGGAGGCGAUAGAUGAGGAAUUAAGAGCUCUAGGAAAGAACUCUACUUGGGAGUUGGUGGAGUUGCCAAAGGGGAAGAAAGUUGUUGGUUGCAAAUGGGUGUUCACAAUAAAACAUAAGGCAGAUGGCUCUGUUGACAGAUACAAGGCAAGGUUGGUAGCAAAAGGGUAUACUCAAACCUAUGGGAUAGAUUACCAAGACACAUUUGCUCCAGUUGCAAAGAUGAACACAAUUCAGAAUGCUUUCCUGCAUGGAGACUUAGAGGAGGAAGUAUACAUGGACAUGCCUCCGGGUAUAGAUGAGACCUCUCAAGAAAAAGUAUGCAGACUGAGAAAAUCAUUGUAUGGCCUAAAACAGUCUCCUAGGGCAUGGUUUGGUAGAUUCUCUCAAGCUAUGCAAAAGUAUGGAUAUCGUCCUAGUCAAGCAGAUCAUACAUUGUUCCUACGACAUUCUCGGGAUGGUAGGAUUACUAUUGUUAUUGUUUAUGUAGAUGAUAUCAUUAUGUCAAGGGACGAUAUAGAGGAGAUCAGUAAGCUGAAAAUACAUUUGACCAAGGAAUUUGAUAUCAAAUACUUGGGGACACUACGAUAUUUUUUAGGCAUUGAAGUGGCACAUUCAAAAGAAGGAAUCUUUGUCUCACAAAGAAAUAUAUUGGGAGAGCAAGCUGAUGAUACACCUAUUGAUAGGGGGAGAUAUCAAAGAUUGGUAGGGAAGUUGAUAUAUUUGGCUCAUACAAGACCAGAUAUAGCUUAUGUAGUGAGUGUUGUCAGUCAAUUCAUGCACGAGCCACGUGAGGUCCACAUGCAGGCAAUUGAAAGGAUACAUAGAUACUUGAAAUCAUCACCUGGUAAAGGCCUUUUAUUUUCAAAGCAUGAUAACUUUUCUAUAGAGGCGUAUACAGAUGCAGAUUGGGCCGAUUCAGUUUCAGACCGGAGAUCAACCACAGGAUAUUGCACGUUUGUGGGUGGCAAUCUAGUCACUUGGCGUAGUAAAAAGCAAUCAGUUGUUGCUAGGUCUAGUGCAGAGGCUGAGUUUAGGGCUAUGGCCCACGGUGUGUGCGAAUUAUUAUGGUUGAAAAUUUUAUUUCGAGAUUUAAGGAUUACUAUUCAGGGUCCUAUGAGAUUAUUUUGUGACAAUAAAGCAGCCAUUAGUAUUGCUCACAACCCUGUACAACAUGAUAGAACCAAACAUAUUGAGAUUGACAGACACUUCAUCAAGGAGAAAUUAUCACAAGGAUUGAUUUGCACUCCUUACGUGAAAACCAAUGAUCAACUUGCUAAUAUUCUUACUAAGGGAGUUUCUAGCAAGGUGUUGGAGUCUUCUUUAGCCAAGCUGGGAAUUCAAAAUAUCUAUUCUCCAGCUUGA